AUGCCGACGAUGAUGCCUUCAGGAUCACAGCCACAGCCACAGCCAGCACCCGGCAUCCUGAUCGUCAGCGCGAGUGGCAGAGACCUCGCCUGCGCCCUCCCGAACACCCUCUCAGAAGCGAUGGCAUCGGCGGGAGAGCGAUGGUGUAUACCCAACAACCUUGUUUUCAGAUUGGGCGUAAAGAAGAAAGAGGCGCCCGGGUACCUCGCAAACACGGCGCAGGGCGACCUUAUCAUACUGGGCGACGACGCUGUGUAUCAGGUAGUGAAAAUGGGCAAGAGCGUUUUGCGCACCGAGAUCCAGGUCUAUGCUACUAAAGAUACGCACGUCGCCGAGGAGAGUAAGUGGUGUCUGUCUGCUCUGCGCGAUCGAUUGACUCCCCGCUUCUGUCGGAUAGAAGCACCACCGCCGCCUCCCGAGCCUGUGCCUAUCGGUAUCACUGUUGAGAAUGCCAAAGGGAAAAUGUUCAGAUUGAACACAAAGGCUUUACCGGAGGUUAACAUGGACUGGUCGCAAAGCCAGGGUGGACAGACCAUCGCCGGUAAUUUCCUGGGCCAGCUCACUAUCAAAUCAAAGACAGAUGCGGAAGGCAGGAUUAACUUCCACGGGAAAGAGAUAGAGUCGGGCCUCAACUUCUCCAACCUUACAAGCGCUAGUGGUCAAGUCAAGACAGUUCAAAUGCGCUCCUGUUCCAGCAAGCCAUUCAUACAGCUCUUCUCGCCCAUAGAGCAGUUCCUGACUUUGGAGAUUUGCCUCGCCAGCUCGUGGAAGUGUGUGUCGACAUGGCCCACCUCGGAAAUCAAGAAAGAGAACGGGAAGCAGACAGUUGGGUUUUUCCUGCGUGUUGGACCUGGAGGCGUAGUUGAGGAUGUGGUUAGCGGAAGCAAGACUGCUGGAUUGUCUUGGGAGGCUGUUCCUGAACCUGGCACUGCACGUCUGUCGCCGGAUGACAAGACACCAUUCGACCCUGCGAAUCCAGAUCUGGUGGACUACAACGGCGUUCUCGUCCCUACAAAAGACUUUGCGACUAGAUUGGACAAGAUACUCAAUGAGCAAUUCCAGAUUAAUCCGCUGGUGAGAACCAGCUUCAUGGCUGAUAUAGUCCCACAUUUACUUAGAUAUCCACACAUCGCUUUUAGAUUCCUACCCCAAGACUUCUACGAACCAGCUGCAUCGCUUGCAAUUCGACCAACGCCCGAAAUAACAGGACGCGUAUUUCUUCUCUGGCAGGGAGUCAAGGAUGCGGGUAAGUGGAAGGCAAGCAAAAAGCGCGAGAAGAUGCCCAUCAACUGGGCAGAAAUAGUGGGUUACAAUGCAGCGCAGUUCAACAAAGACGCUCUAUUUAGAUGUGUGGAGCUGGGUUGGAUGGAGGUAGUAUAA